CACCGCCAUCCCGCCUUAUAAAAUACCUUGAUACUCCCUCUUCUCUUCGUUUCUUCGUCUCUUCUUCUUUUCUUCUUCUCCUCCUCUCUAGUAAGAAGAAGAAAUCUCCACUCCAAAAACGAACAAGAAUUCAAAAUCAGACCUAAAAAGUUGAAUUGAAUUUUCACACUUACUACUACUUCUAGUAAAUAAACUAAUAAAUUAGGGUUUUGAUCAGUCAGAACAUUUGAAUUUGAACACGGAAAAAGGUGAUUUGUAGUGUUAAUAGAAAUGUAUGGAGGAGAUGAAUAUGAUCCUGCUCCAAUGGAAGAAGAUGAAGAAGAAGAGAUUACACAGGAGGAUGCCUGGCCGGUUAUCAGUGCUUAUUUUGAAGAGAAGGGUCUAGUGAGACAGCAGCUGGACUCCUUCGAUGAGUUUAUCCAAAACACUAUGCAGGAAAUAGUCGAUGAGUCUGCGGAUAUAGAGAUUCGUCCUGAGUCUCAGCAUAAUCCUGGGAGGCAGUCCGAUUUCGUUGAGACUGUGUACAAGAUCAGUUUUGGUCAGAUUUAUCUGAGUAAACCUAUGAUGACUGAAUCUGAUGGAGAGACAGCUACUUUGUUUCCCAGAGCAGCACGAUUGAGGAACUUAACAUAUUCCGCACCUUUGUAUGUGGAUGUCUCUAAGAGAAUCAUAAAGAAAGGUCAUGAUUGUGAAGAAGUUACUGAAACACAGGAUUUUACUAAAGUUUUUAUUGGAAAGGUUCCAAUUAUGCUCCGGUCGAGUUAUUGCACAUUGUAUCAAAAUUCGGAGAAAGAUUUAACAGAGUUAGGAGAGUGUCCUUAUGAUCAAGGUGGGUAUUUCAUUAUCAAUGGAAGUGAGAAGGUUUUAAUUGCUCAGGAGAAGAUGAGCACCAAUCAUGUGUAUGUAUUCAAGAAGAGACAGCCUAACAAGUACGCCUACGUCGCUGAAGUUCGGUCCAUGGCAGAGUCUCAAAAUAGACCACCAAGUGGCAUGUUUGUGCGAAUGCUUUCUCGGGCCAGUGCAAAAGGGGGUUCUUCGGGACAGUACAUUCGAGCUACACUUCCAUAUAUUCGCACAGAAAUACCAAUUAUUAUUGUGUUUCGGGCUCUAGGUUUCGUCGCUGACAAGGAUAUCUUGGAGCACAUUUGCUAUGACUUCUCUGAUAAUCAGAUGAUGGAGCUGCUUCGGCCCUCUUUAGAAGAAGCAUUUGUGAUUCAAAACCAACAGGUUGCACUAGAUUACAUUGGUAAAAGAGGAUCCACUGUGGGUGUGACAAGGGAAAAGAGGAUCAAGUACGCAAAAGAGAUACUCCAGAAAGAAAUGCUUCCUCAUGUUGGCGUUGGGGAAUAUUGUGAAACCAGGAAAGCUUACUAUUUUGGAUAUAUCAUUCAUCGACUGUUGCUAUGUGCUCUCGGUCGAAGGCCUGAGGAUGACAGGGAUCAUUACGGAAACAAGAGGCUGGACCUUGCUGGUCCUUUACUUGGAGGCCUGUUCCGAAUGCUCUUCAGGAAGUUGACAAGGGAUGUCAGAGGCUACGUUCAGAAGUGUGUUGAUAACGGAAAAGAUGUUAAUUUGCAAUUUGCGAUAAGAGCUAAAACAAUUACGACUGGUCUUAAAUACUCCCUUGCUACCGGGAACUGGGGGCAAGCAAAUGCAGCUGGUACCAGAGCUGGUGUUUCGCAGGUGCUCAAUCGCCUAACUUAUGCAUCAACUCUCUCCCAUUUGCGGAGGUUGAACUCGCCAAUAGGGCGUGAAGGGAAACUGGCAAAACCCAGGCAGCUGCAUAAUUCACAAUGGGGAAUAAUGUGUCCAGCUGAGACACCAGAAGGACAGGCCUGUGGACUGGUAAAGAAUCUUGCGCUCAUGGUUUACAUAACAGUAGGUUCUGCGGCAAAUCCAAUUUUGGAAUUUUUGGAGGAGUUCGGUAUGGAAAAUUUUGAGGAAAUUUCCCCUGCAGUCAUUCCUCAAUCCACUAAGAUUUUUGUGAAUGGUUGCUGGGUUGGUAUCCAUCGUAAUCCAGAGCCUUUGGUGAAGACUCUAAGACGGCUGAGAAGACGGGUUGAUGUCAAUACGGAAGUUGGAGUUAUUCGAGAAGUUCGUUUGAAAGAACUGCGACUUUAUACAGAUUAUGGACGCUGCAGUCGUCCACUGUUUAUUGUGGAGAAGCAGAGGCUGUUGAUAAAGAAAAGAGAUAUUCGAGCAUUACAGCAAAGGGAAUCACCUGAGGAGGAUGGCUGGCAUGAUCUUGUCGCUAAAGGAUACAUAGAGUAUGUUGACACAGAGGAAGAAGAGACCACUAUGAUUUCCAUGACAAUCAAUGAUCUUGUAUCUGCAAGACAUAAUCCAGAAGAGGCGUAUUCUGAAACUUACACCCAUUGUGAAAUUCACCCAUCGCUUAUAUUAGGUGUUUGUGCUUCUAUUAUCCCAUUUCCAGAUCACAACCAGUCUCCACGUAAUACAUAUCAAUCUGCCAUGGGUAAGCAAGCGAUGGGAAUAUAUGUAACCAACUAUCAGUUGCGGAUGGAUACAUUGGCAUAUGUUCUCUACUAUCCACAAAAGCCCCUAGUUACCACUCGUGCAAUGGAGCACUUGCACUUCAGACAGCUCCCAGCUGGCAUUAAUGCUAUCGUUGCAAUUGCCUGUUAUUCUGGGUAUAAUCAAGAAGAUUCUGUUAUCAUGAAUCAAUCAUCAAUAGAUCGGGGUUUCUUCCGUUCGUUGUUCUUCCGUUCAUACAGAGACGAGGAGAAAAAGAUGGGGACCCUUAUCAAAGAGGAUUUUGGGCGCCCAAACAGGGAGAAUACUAUGGGAAUGAGACAUGGCUCUUAUGACAAACUGGAUGAUGAUGGCCUUGCACCUCCUGGUACAAGGGUCUCAGGUGAAGAUGUCAUUAUUGGAAAGACCACUCCCAUUGCACAGGAUGAUGCUCAACAAGGACAAGCUUCCCGUUACACACGUCGUGACCACAGUACCAGCAUGAGGCACAGUGAAAGUGGGAUGGUGGAUCAGGUCGUAUUGACAACUAAUGCUGAUGGUUUGAGGUUUGUGAAAGUAAGGAUGAGAUCUGUUCGGAUACCUCAGAUUGGAGACAAGUUCAGUAGUAGGCAUGGUCAGAAAGGAACUGUCGGCAUGACAUACACACAAGAAGACAUGCCAUGGACAGUUGAAGGCAUCACACCUGACAUCAUUGUGAACCCACAUGCUAUUCCUUCUCGAAUGACAAUUGGUCAGCUUAUUGAGUGUAUCAUGGGAAAGGUCGCAGCUCAUGUGGGGAAGGAGGGAGAUGCUACUCCCUUUACUGAUGUAACGGUGGACAAUAUAAGCAAAGCCCUUCAUAAAUGUGGAUAUCAGAUGCGAGGGUUCGAGACUAUGUACAAUGGGCAUACAGGGAGGAAGCUGACUGCCAUGAUCUUUUUGGGUCCCACUUACUAUCAGAGAUUAAAGCAUAUGGUGGAUGAUAAGAUUCAUUCACGUGGAAGGGGACCUGUUCAGAUCCUUACAAGGCAGCCAGCUGAAGGUCGAUCCCGUGACGGAGGUCUUCGAUUUGGGGAGAUGGAGCGGGAUUGUAUGAUUGCACAUGGAGCUGCACACUUCCUGAAAGAACGUUUGUUUGACCAGAGUGAUGCCUACAGGGUUCAUGUCUGUGAGCAUUGUGGAUUGAUAGCUAUUGCCAAUCUUAAAAAGAAUUCCUUUGAGUGCAGAGGUUGCAAGAAUAAGACCGACAUUGUUCAGGUGUACAUACCCUAUGCAUGCAAACUGCUCUUCCAAGAACUCAUGUCCAUGGCUAUUGCUCCAAGAAUGCUCACAAAGGAAGUGAAACAAGCAAAAGAUACAAAGAAGAAAGGAGCCUAAAUAGAUGGUUGCAAUGGCAGAGCUACAUAAACUUUUUCCCUCACAUUUUUUAAUGAAGCCCCCUCCUAUUUUCUGCUCUUCGCAUCUGAUUAAAGUUUUGCUAAAGAUUGGUGUUAUGUGAUACAGACAUCAUCGACCUCUGACCAAAAAAUGUAAAAAAAUAUGAGUCCUUUAUCCGGUAAAAGUAGUUCGAACAGAGUAAUGCACCGAAAUGAAAUCUGAGUGGAAUUCAUAUUUUCUUUUUUCUUAUAAAUGUAAUACUAGUAAAUUAUUGUCUUCCUAAUGAAACAUCUGAAUUUUGUGCUUCUGGUCCCUCAACUAUGGACAUUCACAGGAGGGUGGUCUGUUAUAUAUGUUCCUGUUGUAGCCUUGCGUAGAAACUUGAAAUCUAAGAACCAAGUGAUUUCUUAAUGCAUUGUUCGACUCUUGCAUCA